AUGAAUCCUAAAGUCCUGGUGGAAAUGGUGAAGAGAUGGAGGCUUAGGUUUGCAGUCUUGGUGACCAAAAGGAUAUUCUUCUCAAGAUCAGUGGAGAGGUUGGUUUCUGUUAAGGGUCAUUUUGCUGUCUAUGCUGCAGAUGGCAGGCGUUUUGAAGUUCCCCUUCACUUUCUCGGGGAACCCAUCUUCACACAACUUCUUAAAAUGGGAGAGACAGAGUUUGGGCUUGCAAGCCAUAGGCCUAUCAUGCUGCCAUGCGAUGGGGAUUUCAUGGAAUCUGUUCUACUGAGAUAUGGGCACACUGGACAACCCUCGAGAAAGUUGAAGAAAGCACUCUGCUGGUCUUUGUAA